AUGGCCAGUGGCACCCUGGCUCCGUGCCGUGGCCCCGCGUGCUGUCGUAUUUCUGCAACCGAGGUACCUGGAUCCAGGCCCAACUGGCAUCUCACCAGCAGCUACUUUUCCCACCGCAUUAUCCCACCCAUACCCUUCACCCUGCCCACGGUGCAAUCCACGGUCGCGGACCCUCUACCUCCGACUGCAAAGCAGGAUUCUCGCAUCUGGGCUUUCGACGAGGUCCUCAGCAGAUGGGAGACAACCUCUGGCUCGGCCUACGUGCCCAAGACCCAUGGCGGGCCCUGCGCCCAGCCCAGAGCCCCAGAGCCUGCAGACCCCACGCGGACUGUGGGGAUCAAGGAUUUAGGAGAAAAGCUCAGACACCGCGGCUGGCGCCUCCCACUGACCACAAAGUACCAGAGCAGCGAGACGAGGGCGCAGUACACUUGCUCUCCCAGCGGGGACCCGCGCGCCCCGGAAUACUUCGGGCCCCAGCCCCCACAACUCGCAGACCACCACCGCGGGGGUCCUUCCCAGGCUCUAAUUGCCUGGACGAAGAACCCCGCGCUGUCUGGCCGGCCUUUCACAGUAUCCGACCGGGGCGUCCUGGACCGCCGCCAGCUCUAUCUGACCACCUCGGCGCGGGACUUUCGGUUCUAUCCCAAGACGGAGCUGUCCGGAUACCCCCGCAAGGACUCCCUGACCUACUGGAGCCACGGCCCGCAGCGGCCGCCCCGACCACCGCGGGUCCGCGUGCCGCGCGUCAGCCCGGUGACCUCGGCCAUGCCGCACCGGGGAGCCCUGUCUCUGGCUCAGGAGUCCUACAGCCCCCUGCUGCACCCGCUCCGGCGGCUCGACCGCUUCUGCCCGCUGGAGGCGCCCUGGGGCGGCCCGCACUGGAAGCCCCUGCGGGGCAUCUACAGCGUGCCGAAAGCCUACAGUACCGAGAACUCCAGCUAUGGCAGCUUGAAGCCGGCGCUGGUGUGA